AUGGCCCCCAUUCCGCGGGGCGAUUUGGACAUGGACAACCCGUCCUCCGACGUGGGUGACAGCCAGGAUCAGGACUCGCCCAUGCGCCGUCAGUUUUCUGAGCCAUUCCGUCCACAAUCCACAUCUACCCAAAUUUCACAGUCUCCAGAGCCCGUGGCUAGGAAAAUGAAAUGUGAUUGGUGUGGGAAACUCCUUGAAUUGCCCACUGAUCGAUUUAUGUCUGCCGAUGAUUUACUCAUGAAUCACAUCGCUGAUGCACAUCCUGAAAACCUUUCAUUUAAUUAUGAUGGGGCGGAAGAUGAUGUUGAGGUUGAUGCUGAGGAGCUUGAAAUUGACGACGAAGGUAUGAAUGACACGGCCAAUUUUGACGAAACUGAAGAGGCCUACCAAGCCGAAGAGGUUGAUGAUAUGGAAGGCGUUGAAGAGGUCGAAGAGGCUGAAGAAGGCCUAGAAGGCGAAGAGGGCUUAGAGGGCGAAGAAGGAGACCUGGCUGAGCUGGUUGAAGCCGAAGAAGGCGAAGAAGAUGAAGCUAGCGGAGAUCAACAAUACCAAGAACCGGAAACUGCCGCUACAUCACAGGUCAAUGGUGACCAUAGCGAGGCAGAUAUCGAUACCUCCAAACCAUCUAGCAGUGUGAAUUUCCAGGUUGCGCCCAAAGCUGAAGGGAAGCUGGACCGACUUGAGUGGCUCUCUAAUCCCAGAACUGCAUUCUCCGAAGACUAUCGUCGACGCCUGGCUGAAUGGCAAGAGUCUGACAUAAAAGACCGCCUGCCAAAAGUUUGGACUGUCCACAAGGCCGCAAACUUUUCACCUGACUACGACCAAGAGAUGGCCAAGGCUGAGGCAACAUGGCAACAUGUAUUCGGCGACAAACCCAAGAAGAAGGAUGUGGCGUUGCCAACCGUGCGACCAAGCCCAUACAAUACAUCCGAGACUACCAAAGGACAAUUUCUCGAGCUUGCUUCAUUCGAUGACUUAAUUGAAAUUCUUCGAAAGCCCGAUAACCUUUCACCUGACGAGCUUUAUGCAAUGACCGAAGCUGCUGCAGCUGCGAUGAAAACCUGGCAAGACGAAUACAUUGCUCUCGACAAACUUUACACUCGAACACAUCGACACCACCGAGCUCCGCUCACCAACGAAGCCAAGCGUGAGCAAAUUGCAGGCAACAAGAAGCGAACAGGACAGCCACUUGCUCGAGUUCCGGAGCAUGAACGCGAUUUUGAAGAUAAGAAGGAAUCAAUUCUGUAUGGCUACAAGCAUAAUGUUUUCGCCCAAAACAUCAGCACUGCCGUCAGCUGGGUUCCUCAGAACCCUUUCGUUCAAGGCGGCUUUGUUCCCACUCCAGCCCAGUCUCGAAAGAUGGCUGCGAAGGUUGCUCCUGAAGAUCGUAAUCCUGAUGGCUGGACAGUCAUCCCGCGUGAUGGUGUAGACCUUGUUCCGAAAUUGUGGGAGCCCCGACGAGAACCAGUGUUAAAGUUCACUCGCAAGCGCAAAGCUGUGGAGACCGAGCCUACCAAAACCGACGCCGAAGAAACACAGAAUGAGUCUGAUAAUAACAGUGAGGCGACAGAAGAGGAUCCUCAUCCAUUGAGACGACGCACCCGCGGCCGUGGUGGUCGCCGUGCUACUUUUGAACCUUGUCAACCUGUCGAGACUGCUCCAAUCCCCACCCCCCGUGGCCGUGGGGGUUCCCGAGCCCGAGGUCGUGGCCGUGGCCGAGGAGGACUCGCGCGAACAGCAUCCUCGCGCGCCUCUCUUGAGACGACUCCCCAGCCUCCAACAUUCACACCGGUCUCGACUCGCGGCCGCGGUCGCCGAGGUGCGAGCAACAUUGUUGCCACGCCACAAACAGCACACAUUGUCGAAGAAGCAGUUCUACCCCAGCCCGAAAUCUCGCCCAUGCCAGAACCUACACCACCCCCUAAAUCCACGCCAACUUUGAAGCGAGAUGCGACAAUGGAAGAAAUCGAAGAGGCUCGUCGACUUAAGAUCGCCAACUCCAAGAACCCCAAGCGCACCAAGGCUAUGUUAGACCACUGGGAAAGGUUCAACCGCGAGGGCCGUAUCCGCAAUCCCAAGCGGUCAAAAGCACAAAUCGAACAGGAUCGAACAGAUGACGAUGGUAAACCUAUUGAAGAGCCGCGUCCUGUAGGCCGGCGCCGAAAGUCUCCGUCAUUGGCACCAAUCCCCACUGGAAAUUUGGCUCCGAAGGCCCCGACUGUAGCUCCCAUGCCCGGUCAUUUGGGACCUGGACCAACCUUGCCAUCUCUUGGAAGGAUUCAGUACGCGCCUCCCAAUCCGUUUGCACCGCACCCACAGCCGCACCCGCAAGCGCACCCACAGGCCCAUCCACAGGCCCAUCCACAGGCCCAUCCACAGCCCCAUCCACAGGCUCAUCCGCAGGCCCAUCCGCAAGCUCAUCCCCAAGCUCAUCCCCAAGCUCAUCCUCAAACCCAUCCACCGACUCACCCUCAAGCUCACCCUCAAGCUCACCCUCAAGCUCACCCUCAGGCUCAUCCACAAGCCCAUCCGCAGGCUCACCAGGGCCCGCCGCCGAUGUCGCAUUAUGGGCCAUUCCUGUACAACCCUUAUGGCUUGCCGGGUCCAGUACCGGGUCCGCACGAUCAUCACCGCAGAUGA